GCCUCCCAAGUGAGUGUCUCAAGUAGCAAUCUUUGAAUCUUGAGGAGCAAUAACUGCAUUUCUUCAUGAAAUAUCUUACUUUCUUGAGUUCUUUUCCUUCUUUAAUUGUCUGUUCUACACAUAUGGCCCUUUGGUGGGUUCUAUUAUCAACUUGCCUAAAACCCUAAAAACCCCAUCUGGUGAUAUUUAGACAACCAGUAAAGUUCCGUUUUUCUUUCAAUUCUUUCUCUGCCAGUUACUAUGUUCCUAAUUUGAAGGUAAACAUUUCAUUUUUCAAUAUUUUCUUGCUUUUUUAUGUUCAAUACUCAUUAUCAUUUUGGUCACUGCAUCUAGCAAUUCAAGAAGUAAGAAUAAUAGAAAAUGGAACUAAUCUAUUCCAAGGUUUUUGCUCUAGUUCUUGCUCGUCUUUUGUUAUUAGUUGUAAACCAACAACACCACAAUUUAUAUAUAUUUUUAAAAUCUGUGCGCUUGAUUUAAUUGUUGAAUCUUUUUGAAGGGUUUGUACUACUGGCUCUUGGAUUACUAUAAUAUUUGAGUUCAAGGUAUAUAUAUAUAUUUGUUUUAAGUGUGAUUAAUGACACAAGUACCUUCAAAAAACAUAUGGAUGAGGAGGCAGCAAUGCCCUUGUGGUGAUUGGAAGUGUUAUAUUACUCAUGAAGGAGAUACUGAGGAGACAUCAAUUGCAUCCCAUUUGGUAAAAAAUGACACCUUUCAAUCUGAGGCUAUGGUUGCCCCAUAUGUAGGAAUGGUCUUUAAGAGUGAUGAUGAUGCCUUUGAGUAUUAUGGAAAUUUUGCUAGGAGAAAUGGGUUUUCCAUUAGGAAAGAAAGGUCUAGAUUGAGCCCUCAAUUAGGUAUUUAUAAACGUGAUUUUGUUUGUUAUCGUUCUGGAUUUGCACCAGCUAGGAAAAAGUCUACUGGGGAACACCAUAGAGAUAGGAAAUCAGUGAGAUGUGGAUGUGAUGCAAAAAUGUAUUUGUCAAAGGAAGUUGUUGAAGGGGUUUCUCAAUGGUUUGUGGUGCAAUUCAGCAAUGUACAUAAUCAUGAGCUUUUGGAAGAUGACCAAGUGCGGCUACUUCCUGCAUACCGAAAAAUUCACGAGGCAGAUCAAGAGAGAAUUUUAUUGCUUUCAAAAGCUGGGUUUCCAAUACAUCAUAUAGUGAAGAUGCUAGAACUAGAAAAGGGGAUUCAAGGUGGACAAUUGCCUUUCCUGGAGAGGGAUGUUAGGAAUUUUGUUCAAAACCGCAAGAAAAUUGUUCAAGAGAAUGAUGCUUUACUCGCUGAAAAGAGGGAAAAUGAUACCAUGGAACUGCUUGAGGCAUGCAAGGCUACAAAAGAAGUGGAUGAAGAGUUUGUUUAUGAUUAUACAGUAGACGAGAAUGAUAAGGUUGAGAACAUUGCAUGGUCUUAUGGUGACUCUGUUCGAGCCUAUUCAUUAUUUGGUGAUGUGGUUUAUUUUGAUACUAGUUAUCGCUCAAUCACAUAUGGUAUGCUUUUCGGAGCAUGGCUUGGAAUUGAAAAUAAUGGGAAAACCAUAUUUUUUGGUUGUGCUCUAUUGCAGGAUGAAACACCCCGUUCCUCUAUUUGGGCUCUGCAGGCUUUUAUCCAUCUUAUGAAAGGAAAAUUCCCACAGACAAUUCUAACUGACCUUGAUAUGGGGCUUAAGGAUGCCAUAAGCAGCGAAUUACCCAGCACUAAACAUGUUAUAUCUAUAUGGAAUAUUCUACCCAAGGUAUACAGUUGGUUUUCUCUUCCUCUUGGCACUCGAUUUCAAGAAUUUAAAUCGAAGUUUGACGAGUUAUAUCAUAUUGAGAGCAUAGAGGAGUUUGAUCUUCAUUGGAGUCAAAUGGUUUCCAUGUUUGGACUUGGUUCAGAUAAACACAUUUCUUUGCUCAAUUCACUUCGGGCAUCCUGGGUUUUAUCCUAUGUGAGAGGUAACUUUCUUGCUCGAAUGGAAACAUCAGCAUAUUCGAAGUCUGUGGAUGAAUUUUUGAAAGGAGUGUGCAGUGCACAAACAUGUUUGCGUAGCUUCUUUGAGCAAGUUGGUAUCUCUGCCAAUUUUCAGAACCAGACACGUCGAGAGAUACAAUAUACUCUUAUGAAGACAUGCAUGCCUAUUGAGGAGCAUGCGCGCAGUAUUCUUACACCUUUUGCCUUCAGUGCUUUACAACAUGAAUUGGUGUUAGCAAUGCAGUAUGCUUUAUCUGAAAUUGCCAACGGAUCAUGUCUAGUACAUCACUUCAAGAAGAUGGAUGGAGAGAAUUUUGUUGUAUGGAUAUCAGAAGAUGAUCAGAUUCAUUGUUCCUGUAAAGAAUUUGAAUCUUCAGGGAUAUUGUGCAGACAUGCUCUUCGUGUAUUCAUACAGAAAAACUACUUUCAGCUUCCUGAAAAUUAUUAUCUAAGCAGAUGGCGACGGGGAAGCUCUCUAGUUUUCUAUGAUGAUCAAUAUACUCAUAGUAACAACGAAGAGUGGCUUCGGGAAUAUCAGUCCUUGACUGAAACCCUGUUUGCAGAGUCAUCAAUCACAAAGGAGCGCACAGACUUUGUUCGUAGGGAACUUCCAAAAGAAUUGACAAGAAUUCUUAAUGAGGUUAGAGAGAUGCCUGAGAGUGAUGGGGUUGCUAUGGAUAUGACACCCUCGCCAACUGGUUAGUUCAAGAAUUGGUGGAAACUCAAUGUGGUAAAAAUUUAGGGGAGUACAUGAUGAAAGGCGGUGAAAGGUCCAAAAUAUGUGUGCAUUCUCAUUGUUCACUUUCACUUGGAAAAAUAGCACAAAUUGUUGUUUACAUGGAACUAGUCUCUUUUGUUUUCCUUCAUGGAAAACUACUAAGCUGCAAAGAAUGUGAAUUGGAGCAAAAUGGAUUAACCUAAGGUGUUGUACUCUUGUAAAAUAUAAAAAGAUGUGUUUUUCACUCACUGAAAUAACUAAUCAAAGUGGCGGUCUUGACUUAGUUUGUUCUCA